UCUGUGUCGAUUAGUUGUAUUCUGGUGGAGUUUUGAAACCUGUGUUGCUUUGAAACGUAAAGAAGUGAUGAAAGUAUUAUUCAGGACUUCUGGAGACAGACUGAACUGAGGACGAGUGUAUGGAGCAUCUUUAAAGCACUUUCGGGUGAUGUGGCACAGACUGAGCGAGUUAUUCAAACAGAAACAAAGGUCGCUUGUUGGCCAUUGACAGCAGGAAAUAAGAAGUCAUGGGCAACUUCAAAGGACAUGCACUUCCUGGAAGCUUUUUCCUUCUCUUUGGCCUCUGGUGGUCAGUGAAAUAUCCUAUGAGAUACCUCUGCAGAAAGAAUAAGAACAUUUGUUAUCUAACAUCAAUAUCUGGGCAUCGGCGAUUAGAUAUCAUUGAGGGAAUUGUAAAAGCUAGCUUUGCACUGAUAGGAAUGUUAGCUGAACAAUUUGUUCCCGAUGGACCCCAUCUGAAGCUCUACAACUAUGAGGAACAGCAUUGGGAUCAUCUGAUGAACUGGCAGCAUGCGACUAUGUAUCUCUUCUAUGGUAUCUCAGGGAUUGUGGACAUUAUUGUCCAUUUGACACCUGCAGUGCCAUUAGCCCUGGAUAGACUCAUGUUGGCUAUUGCAGUCUUCAUUGAAGGUUUCUUAUUUUAUUACCAUGUCCAUGGGCGUGCAAUGCUUGAUAUUCAUGUCCAUAUUCUGCUGCUGGUGGCUGUGUUUGGCGGUUCCAUUAGCAUCUUUCUUGAAGUCUUUCUCCGUGGGAAUAUUGUACUGGAGCUUUUGAGGACAAGCCUGUGUAUACUGCAGGGCAGCUGGUUCUGGCAGAUUGGGUUUAUUCUAUAUCCUCCGAAUGGAAGCCCUGAAUGGGACCAAAGCAGCCAUGACAAUCUGAUGUUUAUUACUAUGUGCUACUGUUGGCAUUAUGCCUUUUCGCUUCUCAUUGUGGCCAUUAGCUAUGCAAUUGUCAGUUGGAUAAUUCAUACAAAGUUAAAACAUGUUGAGCCUCUGGAGAUGGGACUGCUUAAAUCAACCGAGAAAGAUCAAGAGACUGAAGAAGAAAUGUAGCCAGAUAAAUCUUGUUAUUUGCUACUACUGUGCCUUCUUUAUUACUAGAAUUUGCCUUUUUAGAAAAUACUUUAAUAUUUGGUUGAGGGCUUUCUUCUGGGUAAACCUGUGUCGAUGAUAGUUAAGAACUUUAUGCAUGAUAAUGAAAUCUACUGUCUGUACUUUCCUGCAUUGCCCAUAAUUUCUGACAAGUCUGAUGGUGGUAUUGAGUAACUUAUACUGCGUUCUACCCUUUGUCAGUGAUGGAAGAUGGCAGAAAUGCAUCUUUUUGUCAGAAUUUCACUUUUUGUGCUCUAAAACUUAAAACAAAAUAGGAAUUAGGUGAUUUGUAAAAUGUGGUUUAGAUGUCUGAGAGAGUAGAAUCUGAUUUCAAUUUCAAUGAAUCUUGAAAGUCUAACCUUUCUGAAUACAGGCUGCAUUCCAGUUUAUUAAUACCAUUGACAUUCCAUGAGAAAGUGUAAAAUGCUUUAGAUUGAUGUUGUUCAUUUUAGUUAAUAAAAAGUACGAUUUUGCUGAUAAUAGGACAUAAAAUAUGAAAGCACUUAAAAAGUGGAAGUUACAAAGGGAAAAUUUUGAGCUGAGGCUAAUAGAAAUUGGUCUAUCCCCUUCCAUGGGGCAGGCUCAGACUGAAUGAGAAAUCUGUUCUUCAUUGAUAUGAAAAGAAAGUUGAUGCUAGCUCAAGGAUUCCAACUGGUCCACUUCAAGCUUAGUCAAAGGUAAAAUUUUACCUUCCCCUGUCCCCUGUGCCUACCUUCAGAUGCUUGAAGUAUCUGCAGUAAUAUUGUAACCAUGAUUCUGUCGUGCAUGAAAAAUCACCUUUGAUUUUUAUGUUUGUAGUGAAGUCUUGAGUUCUUUAUACAUAUGUUUAUGGUUAAGAAAGCAAAUAAACCUUGCAAACUAAGCUAAAUAAUCUUAGUUCUACUUGAGAAAUUAUUGGUGCCUUUAGGGUAUUUUUAAAUUUAGCCACCACGAAUGCAAUUUCCCACAAACUCGCAAUCUUAUGAUAAUGGCAUGGUGACUGAUAUGUUCCAAGAAAAUUCCCAGCUGGGUUUAUUCAAUAAUGUUUUUCUGUUGGACCAUUUUAUAGAUAGAAGAAUUCUCCUAUCAUUGUACUGAGGACUGACUAAAAGGCAUGUCUAAUGAUAGAAAUAUGAGUAUUUAGACUGCCUGAUGCAUAUUCAACUGUAUGUAGUGAACAGGUGCCUUUCACUACAAUGGUCCUCCACAAACUAUAACACUAACAUAUUUCUUUACCUCUAAAACAUUUUUCAGGAGCAGGAAAUUAAUUGUAAACUUUGUAGUUUUCAUGAUGCUGUGAUAUUGAGGACAUGUUAUUAGAUUAUGUGAUAUCUGGCAUCACAUGCUUCUUCCCAUGAACAAGGCACUCAUCACAUUACUUCAAACACACUCUACAAGCAUGAAUCACUUUCUAACAUUUAGAUCCACUGGUUAUACCUAACAAAGGUUUACAGUUUUUCAUAAGUUAGAUGGAAAGUGUUUUGGAAAGGUUUUGGAAAACAUCAGAAACUGUUGCAAUAGUGUUUUUUUUUAAAGAAAGCAGUAUUGCUGUGUGGUGCAGUUGUUAUUCAUUUAUUUAUUGGGAUACAGUGUGGAAUAGGCCUUCCGGCCCUUCGAGCCAACCACCUAGCUAUUCCCCUGAAUUGCUAAUCCUGGGGCAGUUGGCAAUGACCAACCGGUACGUCUUUGAACUGUGGGAGGAAACCGGAGCACCCAGAGGAAACCUGCUCAGUGACGGGGAGAAUGUACAAACUCUUACAGGCAGUGGUGGGAAUUGAACCUGGGUCACCUGCACUGUAAAGUGUGGUGCUGGCUACUAUGCCACUGUGCUGCCCCAACUUAGAAUGAGACGGAAGAAAAUUCAGUAGGAAUUUUGGUUCGCACCCCCUAAACGUCCAGAAUUUCUCAGUUAUUUGCCAGAAUGGGCAGCACGGUAGCUUUGAGCAACACUAUUACAACUCAGGGCAUCAGAGUUCGGAGUUCAGUUCCGGCAUCCUCCGUAAGGAGUCUCGGUGCAUCCUCCCCGUGGCAUUCGCGAGCUUUUCCCUGGCUGCUCUCGUUUCCUCCCACAGUCCAAAGACACAUCGGGCUGUUGUAAGUUCUCCUGUGAAUAGGUUAGGUUUAAAUUGGGGUUGCUGGAGACGUGUGGCUCAAGGGGCUAGAAAGGCCUACUCCAUGCUGUAUCCCUAAGAAAAUAAAAUUAAUAAUACUGCAGUAUACUUCUACACACAAUCUUCACAUCAGUGCUGCUUCAUGAUACUUAAAUAUACUGUUUUCAAUUAAGGGAAAUGAAUCCUGCUCCUUUACUGGUGUGAGUGAUUUACUGAGCCGUGUAAUCCUCCCCAUGGGGCUUCAGAACAGCUACCUGAGCAUAUUGUCAAUCCCAGAAUUCAAAACAGCAUCCAGUCGCCAACCCACUCAUCACCGCUUUCCAAAAUCCUACCCUAUUGACAAAAUCUAGCCAGCCACAGCAACAGAUAGUUAAUUUGCUCAUUCAUAACAGGCAGAGCUGGGACAUGGAUAUGUGUUGGAGUGGGGGUGGUGGGAUGUGGUUGUUGCUGUGGUGGUUAUUCGGGGGAAAAAAAGAAGACUAAGUAAACUUGGGAGUAUUUGGAAUCCUGGAUUAAAACAAAACAUUGAAUUAACUGGAAAUAUUAUGGAGGAAUGUGUCUUUAUGAAACCAUAGAGUAGAUAAAAUGAAUAGAAGCACUACUAUUUUGCUGUAGUUCAUGAAGGUAAAGGUGCAUCCCAUGUGUAUGUUGAUAAAAUAUAUAAUAGCAUUUUUCUCCAUUGAUUAAAAAUACUGACGCCAUCCCUCACUCCUACACAUGAUGGUAACAGCCUGUGCUGGCCACCCCCUCAGGCAAUAUAAAUGACUCCUCCCUUACUCUAACCCUAAUUUAACACCUCCACCCAUCCAACUCAGCCCUCUCUUCCAAAUCUAAUGCUGUCAGAGCUCUACCUCCGAAGAAAACAGCUCUGGGCCACCCUUCUCUUCCUGUUCCCUGCCUAAUGGCUAUUAAUAUCUACUAUUGUGUCUGUCUGUCUGUCUUCAGUCAAAUGAUCUCAAUGUGUGUUUAAAUGUUGAAAAAUUGCAGAAUUUUUGACAUUUGGUGAACUCAAAUAUUCUUAUUUUGCCUUCAGCAUUUAAGACAUUUGAGUAUUCUUCCAAUUACUUUUUUUCAUGUGUCUACAUACUUACCAUUUUAAAAUGUUAAGCAUUCUCAGUUCAUAUUUACAUAAUAUACAGGAUUUGUAAGAUCUAUACGUGAUGUGCAGUAUGCAAAAGAUUGAACAUGAAAGCUUGAAACCAUUUAAAAAUUGUAGAUUUUUUUUUGUAGAAACAUUUUAUAAAUAAAUACCUUGAAGAUAAACUUAGAUUUUCUUUUUAUGCAGUCCUAAAUAAUAUAUAGUCUGGUAAGCAGUAUAUAUCAUGGAUGAAAUGAGUAUUUAUUUUCUAAAACUGAAAAAUAUAUUAAGUAGUUUUGUCGUUGUUAAACAAGCACAGCCAUUGAAGUUGAUUCAUUUAUUAAUUUAAAUAUUGUACGAUUGUUUCAGUUUGCUAUUGAGUGUAGUUAAAAUGCAAUCUUUGUUUCAGCAAGGACCAAAAUCAAUCUUCAAACUGUCUUAAUUAGCAGAUAACGUCAAAAGAAUGUAUAUAUUUGAUUUUAAAUUGAUACAUUUUCUAUUUAAUUUUGCUGCCUGAAGUGCAUUGACUUUCUGAAGCUUUUCAUACCUUUACUAUAUAUUGGGAACAAUAUACCUGUCACAACUCAAUUGGUACUGAAUUUGGUUAUAUGACUGUUAAUGCAGAAGGAAAUAAAGGAAAUGAAAAUUCUAGAAAUCAUUACACAUUAAAUUCUUUGUUAAAUAAUGUUAUUGCAAUAUACAUAUGUUGAUGUGUCUAGUUUCUAAAAAUGUUAUUCUUAAAUUAAUAUUUUCAUUUCUCUAUAAAUUAUGUUCCAGCAAAAGUGAUUGAUUCGACAUAUUAACAGAAUAAUAAAGCAAUAAUAAAUAAAAACCGA